GCUGAUCUGUGCACAGAACAGAGAAGAGAAACUUCCUUUCUGACAGUGCAUUGUGAGGACAUUUCUGUUUUUUUUUUUUAUGUAUUUCUAUCAAACGCAGGAGAUAUGAAUUUCAAAUAAACUGGAGCAUUUGUGAGAAGGACAAUGAGCCGUGGGAAGAAUAAAACGGAGAGCGUCUCGAGCUCCCUGCUGAGCCAACAGGAGAAUGAGAAGCUGGAGGAGCUCCUGGGCAGAAGGUGUGCUUCGAUGGCCACAGCAGUGGCUCAGUUGUUCAUGGCUCUGCCUCACAGCCCAGCCAUGUGGAGUCUGCAGCACACUGGAGUGGUCUGCUUCGUCAAAGACAACCCUCAGCGCUCCUACUUCAUACGCAUGUUCGACCUGAAGGCUGGUAGGCAAAUUUGGGAGCAAGAGCUCUACAACCAGCUUGUUUACUCAACGCCGCUGCCGUACUUUCAUACGUUUGCUGCAGAUGACUGUCAGGUUGGACUGAACUUUACAGACCAACAGGAAGCGGACGCCUUCCAAAGCACCAUCAUGGAGAAAAUCAACCAAAGACACAACCGACAAGAGAAGAAACAGCGCCCCCCACCGAAGAAUGACAGAGGUUCCCUCCCUCCUGUCCCACCCGCAGCGUCUCCCAGCCCUUCAUCUUUCCACAUGGCCACAGUGGACAUCCAGAACCCGGACAUCCAGUCUUCGCGCUACCGCUCCAUGCCUUCCCCCGCCAUCCCCGCAGCUGUUUCCAGCAAAGGAAAGAAGAGCAAAAAGGACAAGAAAAAAGGUGCGAAGCUCUCCAAGGCGGACAUAGGAGCACCAAGUGGAUUUAAGCAUGUAACGCAUGUAGGAUGGGACCCCAACAACCUGGACCCAGAUCUGUCCAAGCUGUUCUCCCAGGCAGGCAUUUCUAUGUCUGACCUGAAUGACGAGCGGACGUCCCAGCUGAUCUAUAACGUCAUAGAGCAGUCAGGAGGCAUCGAGGCCGUGAAAAGGGAGCUGAACCGAGGUGAUGUUCCUCCACCCCCUCCUUCCAACCGACAGGGGCCCCUGCCUCCUGUGCCGGGCCCCGGACCCCCGGCUCCUCCUCCCUCACGAGGUCGAUCUGGCCCCCUGCCUCCCAUCCCAGGCCAGGGGCAGCGCGGACCUCCUCCCCCUCAACCGCCUCCGACCCGCAGCGGCCCGCCACCUCCUCCUCCAACAAGCAGAGGAGGCCCACCUCCACCGCCUCAACCGGCCUGCUCUUUUGCCCCUCCGCCUCCUCCGACUUCACGGAGCAUGCCACCUCCUCCGCCGCCAUCCGGCCAGCCUCGCUCUAUAGGUGUCCCUCCACCUCCUGUCCCAUCUACACCCAGCAGGAGUGGUGGGGAAGGAGCACCACCGCCUCCGCCUCCUCCGCCUCCACCUCCUCCGGUUUCUGCUCCUUCAGAUUUCCCUCCUCCUCCGAGGAGUGGUGGCGCGCCUCCACCACCUCCUCCUUCAUCCUCCGGAGGAGGAGACGGCAGAGGCGCCCUGCUGGAUCAGAUCCGACUCGGAAAGAGUCUCAGAAAAGUAACAGAAAGCUCUGAGCCGCCGCCGCCUUCAACGCCAGACGAAGGAGAGGGCAUCGUUGGUGCCCUCAUGAUGGUGAUGCAGAAGAGGAGUAAAGUCAUCCACUCUUCCGAUGAAAGUGAAGAGGACGCAGGAUUUGACGAUGAUGACGACGACGAAUGGGACGACUGAUAAAACACCGGCUGCUGCAGAUUCUGAAUUUAUUAGAUAUUAGUUUUAAGCUCAAUAACUGUUACAUGUGACGUUUCAAACUGGAAAACGACUCGUAUUUAUGGGAAUACUGUUUUUGCAUUUGUGCUGGAGUUAAUAAAAACAAACGGUUCAUUAAAAAGGCUGAACAUUUCUUAUUUAGAAGAAAUGUUAUAAGUUUAAGAAUAAGUUUCAGCGUUGAGUUCUUUAGAAAAUUAAAGUUUAAGGUGAUCUUGCAUUAUCAUGUAACUAUAAAAAUGACUUGAAAAUGCUCUCAGAACAACAAUAUCAUCGUUUAUCGCAAUAAUUACUGGGACAAUUUAUCUUUGUUAAUAAUGUCUGACAUCUCACCAAGACUUUAAAACAGUCACUUGAUGCUGUCAUGGCAAAUGAACGAUUUCUCAUCUGUCAACACAAAUAUAAUUAUGCAGCAAUGUUUAUAUCUGUAAAAAACAAGUAAAAAUGUUAGAAUUCUGACAUUGUUGUCAGAAUAUUGAGAAAAAAGUGACUUUUUUUCUCAGAAUUAAAGUCAGAACUCUUGUUUU